AUGGACAAACUCACCCCUAACCAGCCAGUUUGGAAGUUGCGACCGCAGUUUGCCCUCAUAUACUCUGCCGAGGGACUGUUUUAUCGACAAGUGGCUGUCCGUGGUAUUUCGGAAAGUGCUUGCAAUCAAGACCACGUAAAAAAUGAUGAACCGGGUACUGGCAAGCCAACGUGUUUUACUACGAUGCUUCUCCUCUGCUUCCACGAAGCGGACUUGCUUGUAUGACCUCCACAACAAGUACAAGGCGAAGAUGGUCCCGUUCGCAGGAUUUGAAAUGCCAGUACAAUAUCCAGACCUGAACAUCCAAGACUCUUGCCGCCACACAAGGAAGCAUGUCAGUUUAUUUGAUGUUUCCCACAUGUUGCAAACCCAGAUCAGUGGUAAAGAUAGAGUCGCUUUUAUUGAGAGCCUUACCACUGCAGAUGUCCAAGGUCUUCGCGAAAAUAGUGGGACACUCUCAGUAUUCACGAAUGAGAAAGGAGGCAUCAAGGACGACUUAAUCGUCACAAAAACUGAUAAAGAUUACAUUUAUAUGGUGACAAACGCAGGAUGCAUUGACAAAGAUCUUCCUUAUUUGCAGGAAAAUGCGAAGAAGUGGAGAUCUGAUGGCAAAGACGUACAAGUCAAAGUACUCGAAGAUAGGGGUUUGAUCGCUGUACAAGGGCCCGAAAUGGCGAAAGUACUACAACCUGAGACAGAUAUUGACCUCAGCAAGCUGACGUUUAUGACAACAACCAUCGGCAAAGUCUUCGGGAUUCCGGAUUGUAGGGUUACCCGAUGUGGAUACACAGGAGAAGAUGGCGUUGAGAUCUCAGUACCAGCCAAGGAUGCCGCCACGUUAACAGAGAAACUUCUGCAAUCCAAAAACGGCGUGGUAAAGCUGGCUGGUUUGGGUGCUCGAGAUGCGCUGCGGAUGGAAGCUGGUCUAUGUCUAUAUGGAAAUGAUAUCGAUGAAAAUACUACACCAGCAGAAGCUGGACUUGCAUUUGUUGUAGCAAAGCGCCGUCGUGAAACGCUUGGAUUUCCUGGCGCCGAGAAAGUCGUGGGACAACUGAAAUCAAAAACUUGGCCAAAGCAACGGGUUGGGCUGAUUUCUGAACCCGGUCGUGCUCCAAGAGCACAUCUGCCGUUGAUGGAUCCAUUGGACAAGUGCGCAAUAGGCUUUGUGACUUCCGGAUGUCCAUCUCCAUGCUUGAAUCAAAACAUUGCCAUAGCCUAUGUCGACAAACCAUAUGCAAAAGUAGGAACAAAGAUUGUCGUUGACUUUGGCGCCAAACAGUCUAAGGUCACGGUCACAAAAAUGCCAUUUGUGCCCACUAAAUAUUAUACAAAAUCUUCGUAGAAGCUCGCUUCUCCUAUACAUUGUUACUUUUUCCACAGUUUUUUUCUCACAUCAGGAACAUAGCUUGCUCAUUCUUUCAAACUGUGAUACAUGUAUAGGUGCACUAUCUGCUAAUCUGUGAAAUUGUUCCAUUCCAUGCAAUCUUUUAUUAGCGUAGAGGAGUAUAGAGGUUAUAGAUAUGCUCUUGAUAAAAAAUAAAUUAUUU